GAACCCGGAAGGGCCAGGCUCGUAACUCCGCCCCUGACGCGACUCAACUUGGGCGAGUGGGGCCGGGCCAGAAGCUCGCUGAUGGAACUGGUAGUCGGGAGAGGGGCAGCAUGCAGGCGUCUCAGGGCAGCAUCCAAGCCCAGCCGGGCUGGUACGUCUCUGCCCAGCAGCCCGAGGAGGCGGCGGCUGCGGAAGAGUGGAGCCCGUUGCUAAGCAACGAACCUCACCGACAGGGAUCCCCGGGUGUUUCCUUUGGUUUCUCAGUCUUUAAUGUGAUGAACGCCAUCAUGGGAAGUGGCAUCCUUGGCUUGGCUUAUGUGAUGGCUAAUACCGGUAUCCUUGGAUUUAGUUUCUUGCUGCUGCUAGUUGCUUUCCUGGCUUCUUACUCAGUCCAUCUCCUGCUCAGUAUGUGCAUUCAGACAGCGGUGACGUCUUACGAAGAUCUCGGACUCUUCGCUUUUGGGUUACCUGGAAAGGUGGUGGUUGCAGGCACCAUAAUAAUUCAGAAUAUUGGAGACUACGCUUUCGCUAGAAAUCAAACAACCAGGGACGGUCCUACUCACUCUUGGACGUCUGCGAUGAAAGCAAAGGCAGUUAAUUUCCUAAUUCAUGUCUUCCUCAACUCAAAAACAUGGCAAGCUAUGUCAUCUUAUCUUUUAAUUAUUAAAACAGAGCUUCCUGCUGCUAUUUCAGAAUUCUUGUCUGGAGACCACAGUGGGUCUUGGUAUCUUGAUGGACAGACGCUGCUGCUCAUCAUCUGUGUUGGCGUCGUGUUCCCUCUUUCGCUGCUCCCCAGGAUAGGCUUUCUUGGCUACACAAGCAGUUUAUCAUUUUUCUUUAUGGUGUUCUUUGCUCUUGUGGUAGUGAUUAAAAAGUGGUCCAUCCCUUGUCCUGUGGCCUUAAGUUGCAUCGAUGGAGUGUUCCAGAUUUCCAAUGCUACAGCUGACUGUAAACCAAAGCUCUUUCAUUUCUCCAAAGAGAGUAUUUAUGCUGUACCAACCAUGGCUUUUUCAUUUCUCUGCCACACCUCAAUAUUACCCAUUUACUGUGAGCUUCAAAGCCCCUCAAAGAAGAGAAUGCAGAAUGUGACCAAUACAGCAAUUGCUUUAAGCUUCCUGCUCUACUAUGUAUCUGCACUCUUUGGUUAUCUCACUUUUUAUGACAGAGUGGACUCAGAAUUGCUACAAGGCUAUAGUAAAUACUUGCCACAUGAUGUUGUUGUCAUGGCUGUGAAGUUAUGCAUACUGUCUGCUGUGCUUUUGACAGUCCCUCUAAUCCACUUCCCUGCCAGAAAAGCUUUAAUGAUGAUACUUUUCUCAAGUUUUUCGUUUUCGUGGAUUCGUCAUUCUCUGACCACACUAGCGCUCAACAUUAUCAUUGUUUUACUUGCAAUCUAUGUUCCUGACAUUAGGAAUGUAUUUGGUGUAGUUGGUGCCAGCACAUCAACAUGCUUGAUCUUUGUGUUCCCAGGGCUGUUUUAUCUGAAACUCAGCAGAGAGGAUUUUCUCUCAUGGAAGAAACUUGGGGCACUGCUCCUGCUCGUCACUGGUACCUUGGUCGGGAGCUUCAGUUUAGUGCUCAUCAUUUUUGACUGGGUCAACAAUGAAAAACAUAAUUUUCUAUCAUAAAGAAUAAUUUACCUCUAUAAUCAAAAAGGAAUCAUUUUGGAAGGCAUUGGAUAUGAAAAUUACACUCAGGAAAAUUAUUACCAGCAAAGCAGGACAGAGCAGCAGUAUGGGGCAGAAAGUAGGCGUUUAGUCAUUUUUUUAACCCAAAAUUAGAAAAACUCACCGUGUUCUUAGAUAUAUUGAGUCAUUCUUUUGUGUGGCAGUUUUGUUUUGCUUCAUUUUUGAGACAGGAUCUCAGUGCAUUGACCAGGCUGGCCUUGAACUCACAGCUGUCCGCCUGCUGCUGCUUCAGGAGUACUGGCGUUAAAGGCGUGCACCACCACCAGCCUGGCGCAUUCCUGCCAUUUGUGACUUUAAAAAAUUAAGUAGCCUUUAUUUUUUUUAGAGUAGUUUUAUGUUUACAGGCAUAUUGAGUGAACAAAAUAAGGGAUUCCAUGUGACUCCCUACCCCAACCUCCAGCUUUCCCUGAUAUGGACACCUUGUGUCAGGAGAGCACAUGUUAUACCCAGGGAUGCUAAAGGUCGGUGUGAGGGUUUGCUCUUGGCCACCACUGAUCUUUUCAACAGAAGGCCGUGAUUGGGAUCAUGUAGGACCGUGUGUCAUUUUGAGACUGACUUCUUUGAUUUAAUAGCUUGUUUCCUUUUAAUUAUGAAUAAUAUCCCAUUAUAGGGAUAUAGGGAUGUAUCAAGUUUGUUGAUCCACUCACCCUUGGAAGACCUUCCUACUGCUUCCAGGUUUUGCCAACAAUCAAUAAAGGUGCUAAAACUGUU